AUGGUGAAGAUUGACGGUAAUGCCAUUGCGAAAAGCGUUCGCGCCGAUCUUGCCGUGCGUAUUGAUGAUCUCAAAGCCAAGUAUCCUGGUGCCUUGCCCAAGUUGGUGAUUAUCCAGGUUGGAGGUCGCAAAGACUCCACGACUUAUGUGAAUAUGAAGAAGAAGGCGGCCGCUGAGGCGAACAUUGUUUGCGAUAUUCUCAAGUUUGAGGAGAACAUGACCGAGUCUGCUCUUUUGAGUGAAAUCGAGGCACUCAAUGAGGACCCUUCUGUCCACGGCAUUCUUGUUCAGCUGCCUCUUCCUGACCACUUCGACGAGCGUACUGUCACCAAUGCUGUGGCUGCAGCAAAGGAUGUCGAUGGCUUUGGCUCGGAAAACAUUGGUGAGUUGUCCAAACGCGGUGGCAAGCCCGACUUUGUGCCCUGCACUCCUAAGGGUAUUUUGCAUCUUCUCAAGACCACUGGCGUCCAGCUUUCAGGCAAGUUUGUCGUUGUUCUUGGUCGUUCAGAUAUCGUCGGAUCUCCUGUAGCUGCCCUGCUGCGUAAAGAGAAUGCCACUGUCGUCGUGCUGCACUCCAAGAGUGAGAAUGUUCCUGAACUCGUUAAGCUUGCUGAUGUAGUUGUUGCCGCAAUUGGCCAGCCCGAGUAUGUCAAGGGCGAGUGGCUCAAGCAAGGUGCUGUUGUGAUUGAUGUUGGCACCAACUUUGUGGACGAUGCUUCCAAACCCAAAGGCUACCGCUUGGUUGGAGAUGUCGAAUUCGCCUCCGCUGAGCCUGCAGCUUCUCAUAUUACUCCAGUUCCCGGUGGAGUUGGACCUAUGACUGUCGCAAUGCUUUUGGAAAAUGUUUACAUUGCUUGCCAGCGCGCUUUAGAGUCGGCUAAUGCGCCUCGCAAGACGGUGCCCCUCGCGUUGGAGUUGCUUGACCCUGUCCCAAGCGAUGUUGACAUCUCCCGUGCCCAGAAGCCCAAGAAGAUCACUCAAGUUGCCGAGGAGAUGGGACUGUUGCCUAGCGAGGUUGAGCCUUUCGGUGACGUCAAGGCUAAGGUCCGCUUGUCGGUUUUGGAUCGGCUCAAGGAUCGCUCCAACGGUAAGUACGUACUCGUUGCAGGUAUCACGCCCACCCCUCUUGGAGAGGGCAAAUCUACCACAACUGUUGGUUUAGCUCAGGCUAUGGGCGCUCAUCUCGGAAAGCUGACAUUUGCCAACGUCCGUCAGCCUUCAAUGGGCCCUACUUUCGGCAUCAAGGGUGGUGCCGCUGGUGGUGGUUAUUCCCAGGUUAUUCCUAUGGAUGAGUUCAACUUGCACGUUACCGGUGAUAUCCAUGCUAUUGGUGCUGCGACUAAUUUGCUUGCUGCUGCCAUUGACACUCGAAUGUUCCACGAAAACACUCAAAAGGAUGGUCCUUUGUACCGUCGCCUUGUUCCCGCCAAGAAGGGAAAGCGCGAAUUCAGCAAGGUUAUGUUCAAGCGUUUGCAAAAACUUGGCAUCAACAAAACCAAUCCCGAUGACCUUGAUGAGGACGAGAUCCACCGUUUCGCACGUUUGGACAUUGAUCCUGCUACCAUCACCUGGCGUCGUGUAGUUGACUGCAACGACCGUAUGCUGCGUGGUGUAACUGUGGGUCAGGCUCCCACCGAAAAGGGUCAGACCCGUGAGACAGGUUUCGAUAUUACGGUUGCUUCCGAGUGUAUGGCUGUUUUGACACUGUCCACCUCUCUGGCCGAUAUGCGUGAGCGUUUGGGCAACAUGGUUGUUGCUUCCAGUAAACAGGGUGAGCCUAUUACUGCUGAUGAUAUCGGCUGCGGUGGUGCCCUUGCUGCUUUGAUGAAGGAUGCCAUCAAGCCCAAUAUUAUGCAGACACUCGAGGGUACACCUGUGUUUGUUCAUGCCGGACCUUUUGCCAACAUUUCUAUUGGCGCCAACUCUGUCCUGGCUGAUAAGAUUGCCUUGAAGCUUGCUGGCGGCGUCAAUGAUGGCUACGUCAUUACCGAGGCAGGCUUCGACUUCACAAUGGGCGGUGAGCGUUUCCUUAAUAUCAAAUGCCGUACCUCAGGGUUGUCUCCAGAUGUCGUGGUGCUGGUCGCUACUGUUCGUGCUCUUAAGUCCCACGGCGGUGGCCCUAAUGUCACCCCAGGUGCUCCUCUGCCCGAGGUCUACACACAGGAGAAUGUCGACAUUCUUCGUAAGGGUUGCGUCAACUUGGCCAAACAGAUUGAAAAUGUCCGCCAAUAUGGUCUCCCUGUUGUUGUUGCCAUCAACCGCAUGGCUAGCGACACUGAUGCUGAGCACGCUGUUAUUCGUGAGGAGGCACUCAAGGCUGGUGCCGAAGAUGCUAUUGUCUCCAAUCACUGGGCCGAGGGUGGUAAAGGAGCUGUUGCUCUUGCCGAGGGUGUAGUCAAGGCUGCAAAUGCCCCCAAGAAGGAGCAAUUCCACUUCCUCUACGACGCUGAGGGUCUUGGUCCCGAGGAGAAACUGAAUGCCAUUGCUCAGAAAAUGUACGGCGCUUCCCACGUCGAGUUGAGCCCCUUGGCCAAAGAGAAGAUUGAGACCUAUACUCGUCAAGGAUUUGGCAACUUGCCCAUCUGUGUUGCCAAGACUCAAUACUCGUUGUCCCACGAUCCUGCGUUGAAGGGUCGUCCCGAGGGCUUUGUGGUCCCGAUUAGAGAUGUCCGCGCCUCAGUGGGUGCUGGCUACCUCUAUGCUCUGGCUGCUGAGAUUAUGACUAUCCCUGGCCUCCCCACACAUCCUGGUUUCCUCGAUAUUGAAGUCAAGGAUGAUGGUGAAAUCGAGGGUAUGUUCUAA